GGCCGGGCCCAUGAGCUGAUGAGAAAAGAGCAGAGGGGGGAAAGGAAAAAGGGGUAACCUGAGGGAUGGGGUCGUGUUUCCUCCUCCCCCCCACCGACCCCCGUCCUCUCUUUAGCGACGCGACUGCUACCACUUCCCUGCGGGGGUUGGAGAGAGGUGAGAAAUGAGGUUCUGGAGGAGAAAUAGGGCAGCUUCCCGAUUCCUGACCUCCAAAAGGUGUUGGGUCUGAGUCCAGCCAUGGAAUGCACCUCUAAUGGGGGUUGUUCACGAUUGCCCACUUCUGAGAUGACAACCAGGCGACGAAAAAUCAUAUUCAGGCCUGCAGCUGAGGAGGAGGGGACCCCUUCACGUCUUCGGGAGCCCCUGGACAGAGGCAGAACCUCACUCCCCUUAAGUGAGGAUGAAAAGUGGUCACCCAAGAAGAGGCAGCGGCUCCAACAAGGCUCCCCGCCAAAGGCAGAUGAGGGCAGGGAUCCUUGCGGUGGGAUGGGAGAGACCCUGUGGGAUGUGGCAUCUCCCAUAGAGAAGAAACAGCGAAAGGUGUUGGCUAUUGAUCUGGAAGACUUUUCCACAACCCAAGUGCCAGAGGUUCCACAAAGAUGCUCCCUUUUACAAAGGCCUGCCUUGCUUCCUUCCAAAAAACUCCUCCAGUCCUCAUUUGGGAAUGAGACCAAAGUUUCCUGGUCAAGAAACAGACAGGAUAGCACUGUGUGCAGAUCCCUUCUGCCUAAGCUGGGUUCUCGUCCCUGUAAAGAACCUCAGGAACAGUUGGCUCCCAUGUGCCAGAAGUUGGGGGAACAUAGACUCUCUCCCCCUCGCUGCCGUGAGUCAGAGCGCUUGCAAGCCAAGAGGCAGCGCCUGCAGAAUGGAGUCCCUCUUAUAAAUGGGAGAGAGGGAACACGGGCCACUCCAGAAGAGGAGGCUCAUCGGCCAAUUCCCACUUUGGAGGAUUGUCAGUUGACCCAAGCCCAGCAGGACGCUGGUGUUGGCCAGGAGCUUCUGGAGAACUUCCCACCUCCCUGCAGGAGUGAUCAUCGAGAAUUGCCUCAUCUGCCAUCAAGCAUGAAAACGCCAGUGUCUUCAGAUCUACAUGACCAGGAGCAUCACACAGGUCCCUCCUCUGAAACAUCCAGUUCUACCUCGGUUUCGACCCUCUUGCGUCCAUCCAUGGUCCCGCGUUUCAGGCCCUGGGGCUUGGCCCCAGUCUUCCAAAGCAUGCGUUCGAAACUGGAAGCCUUUGCCGAGAUCUUCUUCAGCCCGUCCAAACCAUCCCUGCCGCCCAUUGAAAGAUCUCCGUCCCCAUCACCAUGUCCUCCAGCAAAUGGGGACGAAGCGGCAACAACUCCAUCGGCCACCCCUCGCCCGGGAGUCAAAAUCGAGGUGAAAAUUGCCAUUUCUGAACCACGUCCACGCAAGAGGAGCUCUUGCCACGAAGAAGAGAGAGAAGAAGCUGACCGCCUGGUGGUGAGCGGGAGGCCCCCCAUCCGCCAGUGGCGCUUGAGCCAAGGGGAGCCGGCUCCACAGCCCCACCUUGGACGUAGCUAUUCCUGCCCUGAUUUUCCUAGAGCCUGCUCUUGGCAAAGCGUCUCUUCGGUGCUUUCUCCAUUGUUGCAGCUGCGGCAACGCCGACACACGGUUUGCAGUCUGGAAGUAUCUCGAGAACUGGACCGUCCCACGCUGCCCUGCCUGCGUAAGGAAGUGUACCCCUUCAGCAGCCCCCCUGCCCGCCUCUUGCCACGACCCUUGGUUCAUACCACCUACUGUGAUCCUUCCUCCUACUCUUCCCUGACACCAUCCUGCUGUCAUGAACCUGACCCGGCACAUCCCAGGAAGGCCUCCCUCUCUCCAGAUGGUGGGCAAAAGGUACCUGCGGUUGGCCUAGAUAUGGUUGCAUCAGAGCCGUUGAUGCUUUCAGAAGAUGAAACGAAGGGGUCCCAAGAGAACACAUUAGAAAAAGUGUCCUGCAUAAGAAUCCGCAAGACCCCAGCCAGGCAUCAAGCCAAUCUCACCCCCAUGGGGCUUCCCCGUCCAGUCAGGCUGAACAAGAAGGUGUUCAGUCUGGAGGAGAUCUACACAAACAAGAACUAUCAUACACCUACAGAGAAGAGAUCAUUUGAGACCAUAUUUGAGGUACCAGUGGAACGCAAGGGAACCCUUGUCUUCACCAGCCAACGCAAGCUGAAGAGGGCAAUUCAGUUCCAGGAGGUGGGCCUUCCCCGUAAGCAACGCAAACCCCAUCUCCGGAAGGGACUUAGAGCAAAGGGAAAACCUGCCCAGUCCCAGUCCGCUAAAGUGGAAGAGUUGCUACAGCAAAAACUAGCUGAACUGCAUGACCUCUCGGAGGAGGAAGAGUGUUGAGCUCCAACUACAGAAAAAUAUCUAUAGGAGCCCUUUCCUUCCCAUCUUUUUCCCUUUCCCCAGAGCAGCUAUUUCUCAAACUACUCGUGAAUUGUCUAAUAUUUUUCUCCAAGCACCAAGUGAUCCUGAGCACUCCCCAGGCUUCUUUAUUCUCCUUGUCAUCUCGACCUCUUGAUCUCCAGUGACAGAUGUUUCAUGAUCCAGGGACCCUAGGUUGUCCUCCAAACCAUAGACAGUGUUCUUACGAAUGUGGGGCUGGAUGUCACCCUGAGGUCCCAAAAUUUGGUGGUGUCCGUUCCUUGCAUUCUGCUUCCAAUGCACAAUCAGACUCUCAGUGCCUGAAUUAAGAAGAGGAUGUGAAGCGUCUGGUCCAGAUUUAGGACUUCAAGGGAUGUAUCCAACUAGGUGGAGAUCAAGUUACUCCUCUUCUGUGGCUGCUAUCUUGACUAAACCAGAAAACAAAGGAAUGAUAGGAGAGAAAGAGCAAA